AACCCCCCCUCGGGUAUUUAAAGAGACGGUGGGCAGUCUCUUGGGCUUAAUGAGAAAUUGUAUUCUUUUCAACCUUUUCAAAUCCUCACAUCUUUUGCUCUUCUACAUCCAGCCCAUAAGAGCUGCCCGUCUGGAUGACUCAAACCCCGCUUUGCUUUCAGCUAAUUGUCCUUUUUUUCUGGAGCUCCGUGCGCGCUGGAUGCUCAUCUCCCUCCCCCACCGACUUGUUGCGCACAGAGGAGCGCCACUGAUCCCUCAGAGAGAGAGAGUGAGGCAGGAACCCACUGCAACAGGUGCAUUCACAGCAUCCUCCCCAGCUGAGCACCAGGGGUAGAGAAUUUACGCAUCCUUUUUGCGGGGAUUUCAAUCAGAGGCGCUUUUGUUUGUUGGACAACUUUAGAUUUUGUGUUCUCGUAUUUAACUGCUUUUAUUUUUAUUUUUCCACUUGAAGCAGUGAACCCAAACUUUAAAUGCGUCAGUAAGACCCGUUCGGUCCUUUGUAUAAAGCCAGAAUGCCCGUUUUAUCGAGUCCUGACAUUGCCAACAAGUUUAAGGAGAAAUGGCUGGCUGCGUUCCCGGAGGAUCAGGCCGGCGGCUCUGACUCUGCCCCCCUGGAUGACAGCCUGACCAGCCUCCACUGGCUGCAGAAUUUCUCCAUCCUCAGCGCGGACCCGGAGCGGAUGGUUGGACCCGGCCCGGACUGCUCAUCCUCCCAGCACCAGCUCUUCUUCAAACGCUUCCCUAGAGCCGGGACCGACUCACCAUCCAGCCCACCUGCUGGGGAUACAGCCGCCGCCGGGAUGGCGCUGUACCCCGGCAGCCCUGUCACCUCUGGCAGUGAAACCACCGCUGCACCACCGCGGUUCCCCAGCUGCGCCCACCCAACACCAUCCUAUCCACAUCCACAGAUCCAGGUCCAAGCGAGCCCGCUGGUAGAGGUGGAUUACAAAACAAACCCUAAGGUCAAGCCUCCAUAUUCCUACGCCUCUCUCAUCUGCAUGGCCAUGCAGGCCAGCAAACAGCCUAAAGUGACUUUAUCCACCAUCUAUAACUGGAUAACGGAGAAUUUCUGCUACUACAGACACGCAGAACCCAGCUGGCAGAACUCGAUUCGUCACAACCUGUCCCUCAACAAGUGUUUCAAGAAGGUCCCCAGACAGAAAGACGAGCCUGGGAAGGGGGGCUUCUGGCAGAUCGAUCCUCAGUACGCGGACAUGUUUGUCAACGGUAUCUUCAAACGCAGGAGGAUGUCCGCCAACCACUACAGCAGCAGCAGUGCAGCACAAAGACAGAACAAGCUGGUUCAAGGCUAUCACAGCAGCCAGAACACCUGUCCGUAUCAGGUGGUGGGCAAUAAAAGGAAGCACCUGUCCUCUAAAGACCAUAGCAAACUAAUGAGAUCUACAGAUUCCCCUCUUUUAGCCAUGGAAGCUAAUAAAGCAGACAGCCUGAAGGGGGACUUUGACCUGGCGUCUGUGUUCGAUGAUGUUCUCGACGGCAGCUGCAGCACCUUUGAGGAUUUGGAUAUCAACACGGCGCUGAGCUCCCUGGGCUGUGAGAUGGAGGUCUCCAUGCAUGGGAGGCAGUACGCAGCAGGCCUGGGGAGGUGGUGUGCAACCGGAGACAUGAACCAUUACCAGUCCUACAGUUACCUGGAGCUGAGCGGCGCUUCCAUGGAGAACUCCAUCAACAUAGGAGAACUCGGUGUGCCUCAGCUGCAGCAGCCGUCGCAGAGGCAGCAACAGCUGGAGCAAGAUCAGCUGCUGCAGGGACAUCUUCAUCUGCAACAGUUCGAUGAGUCCGCCACGCUUUUCCCAGAGCAGCCGGGAGAGGCAAUGCUGCAGCCGUGGGAGGAGAUUAAAGAAGAGCCGCAGGCCAUUCCUCUGACUCUGGAUCAAGGUUUUGGUCUUUACGAGGGCUUCUUCACAGAGAUGCAGCAAUGGGAGUGAGUGGAGAGCUGUAGGUGAAUUCAGACUUUAACCAACAUGAACCAAAUACUUUAUCAUCCAGUCAGUUAGAUGAGCUUAAUUGCUGGUUUUGUCUCUGAAUAAAAUGAACUGAAAUGUAACCCAGCUACAGAUCUAAUCUCCCUCUGAAACCUUCCAACAUCCACUGCAUUAUUUAUCUACACUGAUGAGCCAUAGCAUUAGGGAUAGCAGUCUAAUUGAGAAGGACCUCAUUUUGCUUGUGAACUAGCUCAUGAAGAAAACAGAAAAAAAACAGAGUAUGGACUGUGGAUCAUUGGUCCCUGCUGAGAACAGGUUCUUUGAACAGGGAAUUCUAUCCAAUCAGAUCAGGAUCUGAGCUAUAAACUGAUAUAGAUGGUGUCUUCUUCUGAUCACUUCAAGGUGAUGCACUACGUCUUAAUAGGGCUCAUUUUGGUCAAUGCUCCAUCUGUAGCUUAAUAUUGUGCUUCACUGUUCUAACUUAUUUUCAUUUCAUGCCUAUGAGCAAAUAAUCUUUUAUCCAAUUACUUUUCCCAGUGCAGACCAGUUUAAAUGCCAUUGGAGUAAUCUGUUUUAUUGAAUAUUACAGAUAAACAGUUAUAAAAAUGCCCAUAUCUUAUUACCAAGAUGUUCACAGGUCAUUUUCUAAGGUCAAGUCUCUUUGCAUACUGGUCAUUCCAGAUCUUUGCCAUUUCGUAACCCAUUUCCCUUCUCCAUUUUGGACACAACCCUUUGUUGGUUGUACUGAGCCAACCUGUGUUACUUGUUGUCCACCAAGGAGCGUUAUGUUUUUGUUUUAAUAACCAUCAGAGUCACAGUGGGUUAGGGUGCCUAUGUCCAGCAGUCUACGGGCGACAGGCGGGGUAUACCCUGGACACGUCGCCAGUCAGAGACACACGAGGACACACAACAAUGCACAGACACACUCACGGACAAUCUAGAGACACCAAUCAACCUAACAGUCAUGUUUUGAGCUGUGGAACGAAGCACCUAGAGAAAACUCACACAUGCAUGGGGGGACAUGCAAACUCCAUGCAGAAAGAAACCAGGACCUUCUUGCUACAAGGCAACAGUGCUAAAUACUGUGCCACUGUGCAGUCCUGUUAUGGAAGCCUACAAUUUAAAACAAAUUUCUGCCUUUUACUUUAAGCUUAGCUUUUUACUUUAAGGAAAUGUGUUGCUACAGUAUGACUCCAAUGAAAACUAUCUGUCAAUGGUUGGUCACAAGGUUCUAGGCCUAGAAUCCUAAUCUGUCAUAUUUUAAGGGUGGAAUCAGAAGGCAAAGCAAUGGGGAAAGUACUUUUAGUUAAUGAAUAGUAUACUGUAGCUUUUUGAUUCUAACCUUCAUAAUUCAUAAAAAUACUACAGCAUAAAAAGUAUGUCCUCUGGUGUAAGGAUAAAAAAUGAUAAUAAAAUGAUGAUAAAAAGGUAAAAAUGGAACAGGAUCCUUCUCAAGUCUUUAAAGGGACGAGUCCAAGUCAAAUCUAAAGUUCUAUUCAUAAUCUGAAAUUAGAUGCGUGACAUCUAGCCAUCCUAAAACAAAGAACGGCUGUAUGUCAGAAAAAAGAAAUCUUAUAUCCUUUAUCCUAACUUAUUACAUAGAUAUUUAUAAUCUUUCCAUAAACAUAAUAUCCAAGAUGUAAAAGUACCCGUCUACCUGCUGUGGGUUCUACAGAAAAUGAUUCAUGGUAUCAAUAUUAACAAUAGUAAUUACCGUAUGUUAGAUUACCAGAAGAAGAAUACAAUGGAGGAAUUGAGUUUAAGCGUUUUAAUGCAGACCUCAGUCUGAGAGUAAUCUUUGUGGUUUUAAUUCAAAAUUACAAAGAUUAACAGAUUUUUACGCACCAUUACAAUCCUGCAGUCUACAGACAUUCUUAGUUAGUAAAUCCAAAAGACUCUCUAGCAGUACCACAUGUGCACCUAUGUCAGAGACUGAGUCGUGGUGUUCCUACUCAAGCUAACUUUGUGGUAGCCUUAAAUAAAACAAAACAACUUGGAAGCUGUGUUUAUCUUCUCUAAUAUAGGCUUCUGGCACUGAAGGUGCAUACCCUCAGGGCUCACUCUUUUAAUAACACUUAGUUUACAACUUUAAGAUGAUUUUAAAGGUUAGAGAUCAGGGUCUUACAAUACCAGUGUGGGGGGAAAGAAUGGUGAUGAAGCCUUGAAUAUGGGUUACAUCAGCUUCUGACAGAUCAGCAGGGACUCACCUUGAUUGCAAAAACAGUACACCACUCACAUGUUCUCUGUAGAAGACGUGGCAUUAAUGGGAAUUAUCUGUCUGACUGAAAUACCCUCCUAGACCUCCAGCUUUAUCCAUAUGUACAUUUUGCCCUGAGAUUACUUACCAUUUUUUUAAGCAUGCAACAUCUUUGACAUGCACAGUGUCUAUUAAUUAUAUGUGAUUUCCCAACAACUGCUUUCAACAUCUCCAGCAAGCUGAAGUUUCCUAUAUAAUCUGACACUUAGUUAGACUUACAGUCAGUGUGUUGAGAGUAUGAGGUAAUGCUGAAUUAUAAAACCUCUCCUGGUGGGUAGGAACUAAUCACUGGUUGUUACCCAUUGUUAGGGGGAAAUCAGCUUAUUUUGGUAGUAAACAAAGAGUAAAAAAAGUGCACAGGUAGAAAAUGGCAAAAGGCUGAAAUGACCAGCCUCUCACUCAACUCAAGCCCUGGGCCCAUGGGGGAGGUUUGGUGUCAUAUAAGGCGUUUGACUGGGCUGUGAAAAUAGAUGAACAGUGUUCCUCAUCCUACCUGAGCUUCUCUAAUCAUACUGUCAUGGCUGAUCGGUUCAUCUUUUUGUCUUUCAAAUACAACGGAGUGCAGUGUGUUUCAUAAAAAAAAUAAAAUGGUGCAAAUUGCGAUUCUUUUUCACUGAUUUAAAGUGGCUGGACAGAAGACAUGCCAGUGAAAUAAAGAUCUACGAGAUCUUAAUCUGAUGUGGUUUUCUUGUGAAGAAUCAAUGAAGGAGUAACAAUGGAAAAGAAGUGGCUACGUGCACAAACUAGGAUGAAUACUACGUUUGGAGGUGGAAUGAAGAAGAAAUAUGAGUGACCUGAUUGUUCUGUGGAUCCUUGCUAUUUCGGAGUCUUUGGUCUUCAAAGCAACUGGACCAAAACACAGUGAUCCUCCAUCAAAGGACUCUCUAGAGAGAUGCAAAGCAGGCAGGAUGUUAUUGUGCUACAUUAGCAUGGACUUUUCUACUAACAUUGAGAGAAGUUGUCCUUUUUAUGUGUAAUGAUGACAGAUGAAGCUAAAUUGAGAUGUAUAAAUUCAGAUUCAGUAAGAAAUAUCAUAGAAAUCAGUCAUCCAUGACAUUAUAACAUAGCUGAUUUAAUAUAUAUUCACUAAAGUAUAUAGCAUGUGGCCUGGCAGGCAGGAUGAAUCACAUCUAUCCCCUGAUUUGUGUUGCAAAGCAGAAAAUGAAAUUAAAGAUUAUGCACUUUUUAUAGGACGAUGUUUGAAAAUGAUACCAGGCUGGUUUUUAUCAGGAUGUUUUGUUUUAGUUGGUUGUCGUGUUGCUUUUGUACCACUGAUGCUGAUAAACAGGAAGCACACCAUGCUGCAAGUGGCUCUUUUAGCUCACUGAUCUCCACCCUGCAAUAAUUCAAACUGGCUAGUACUAGUAUGCUUACAGAAAAGCCCUGUUUUUUAUAAAUAUAUGUAAAUGUGGGUAUUUGUUUAUGAUUUUACGCCAAAUUUGUCGAUGAAAAAUAUGCAGUUUGCUGUUGUUUCUUUACUGAUUAAUCAGAAAAGUCUUUGUUUUGUUUUUUUAAUUAACUGAUGUAUAUUUUUCCUCGUUGCUGUUUACUUUUAUGUACAAUUUCUUUUACUACAACCUGUUUGUUUUCUCAAAUCUUAUCAGAAAUGAAAUAAUGAGUUUAGGGAAUAUGUUUGGAAUUAACAAGCUGGAUUUUUCUCAUUGUAAUUAGUUAUUGUUGGUCAACUUUGUGUUUAUUUGUACUUUUUUAAGAGGUUUGGAAAUGGAAUCAUGCCUUAAUGCAAUAAAAGGUGUCAGUACAACAUCGUUUUACCUCAUAGCUACACUCAGCAGCAUAGCUUGGUGACCAGGUUUAUUGUUUGAGUUAAAGGCUUAUGUGAGUAAUGGAGAGAUAAACUGUCUAUCAGGGUUUAUCAUUAAUCAGAACAGGCUCAGAAUUUUCUGCUUAUUUAAAAAAAGGUAAAGGAAAUGGUAGUUGUGUUGGGGAGGAUACAUAUUUCAAAAGAAACAUUUCUAUAUAAA